AUGACAUACCCCUUCCCAUAUUCACAAGCUGCGAAGCUUGACUCGAGGAUCAAGAUACCUCGUCCGACCUACGAUCAUGACCUGGCACCACUGUUGGACUCUGCUUCAUUCCCUGAAGAAUUCGACCUAAACUUGAUGCGUGGAGUCGCGAGUGGUUUACAGGAAUGCUCUCAUGGCUCAUUCAUCUUCAAUGCAGAGACUGUCCUCAGUGAUAACCCGCACUUGAGUCACACGGAGCACUCAGUUCCUGGACCUGACAAUAAUAUAAUUACCUUGUCAGCGUUCGCUCCCAAGAACCCAUCAAAGGCACCGAGGCCAGUCUUGUAUCACAUUCACGGCGGCGGGAUGGUCAGUGGUGACAGAUUCACUGCCGUCACGUCUGUGAUUGAUCUUCUGAGAGGGAUCGAUUGCGUUAUUGUCUCCGUGGAACACCGUCUUGCCCCGGAGACGCGCGCGCCUGGCCCAGCUGAAGACUGCUAUGCGGGGCUUGUGUGGAUUUCUGAGAAUGCUUUGAGUCUUGGAAUUGACCCAGCUGCCAUUGUCGUGUUUGGGGUGUCUGGAGGAGGCGCCCUUGCAGCUGCUACGUGCCUUAUGGCUCGUGAUAGGAAGCGCCCAGCUAUCCCGGUCAAAGCUCAGAUGCUUUACUCGCCUCUCUUAGAUGACCGAUGUGAGAGCUUGGCUGAUCAGCAAUUCGAGUACGGCAACCCUGCCAGUACAGCAUGGCUUCGUGCCAUUUGGGAUCUUAUCCUGGGUGAUGCACGAGGAUCAGAGCAUGUUACACCGUAUCAAGCGCCUGCAAGAGAGACUGAUCUUUCGAAUUUGCCCGCUGCAUACAUCGAUGCUGGAGAAUGUGAAGUCUUCCGCGAUGUCGCCGUCGCCUAUGCUACCGAGAUGUGGCGAGGCGGAUCAACAUGCGAACUUCACAUCUGGCCUGGAGCUUGGCACGGUUUUGAUAUGAUGGACGAUCCCAAGAUGCCACUUAUUCACAUUGCUAACAUGACGAAAGCUAACUGGCUUCAGAGAGUCAUGAAGAACACAGGAGAUGAGAAGUGUAGUUAA